GGCUGAAAGGGAGGAUGCAGCAGCAUAGAUAGAGAAGCAGGGCUGAGGAUGGAGGAUAGAGAGAUGAAGAGUGAGAACAGAGAUUCACAACACUCUCUCCACUGAUCAUAGCAGGUGCUGGACUUUCAUCCACAUCUCACCGAUGUCCGAGGAGAAAUGGCUGUGCGGUAGGACCCGAUGAGCUCCAGCAUCUGACCGAACGAACUUCAGAUUCUCUUCCAGUUUCGAGCUCAUCGAUCAGCGGCUCUUUCAUUCUGUCCCAAGCUUUUUUCGCGGGAUCUUUGCGGCAUUUCCCGCCUUUAAAUCAGCGUGAGCUGCAGCGCACGAACGGAGGCUGAUGAUGAAUAUGAAACACAUCAGAUCGGGCAUAUAAUGGGCAUCGAGGACACGGGCAUGAGGAACGGACGGGCUCUGUCCGAUCAGUGGGCCGACAGCGUGGUGGUCCGACCCCGGACUACCGAGCAGCACAUCACGGUGCAUAAGAGACUGGUGCUGGGCUUCGCCAUCUCCAUCCUCACCCUCAUCAUCGUCACGGCCAUCGCCAUCACGCUCAGCGUCAGCUUCGAGAGAUGCGCCGCGGAGAGCAGCGGGGCUCUGGCCGCCAACGGCUCCAGCAACAGUAAGUGGAAACAGUCCCGGGACGGGAACAUCAGUCACAGAGACUCGGAGGACGGCCAGCAGCCCUGGAGACACCUGCGCUUACCGGCCACCCUGCGCCCGCGCCACUACGACCUCCGCCUGACCGUGCACAUGGAGAACUUCAGCUUCUCCGGCGAGGUGAACAUCGAGUUUGAGUGCGUCAACUCCACCAAGCUGAUCGUGUUGCACUCGGACCGCCUGGAGCUGGACAAAGUGCUGGUGUUUUCGGACAGUAAAAAAGCGGGCGCCAUGCGGAUCCAGCGCCGCUUCCACUAUCAGCCCAAACAGGUGUAUGUGAUCGCGCUGCACAGAGAGAUGAAGCCCCUCAGAACAUACAAGAUCAACAUCACCUUCACCGCGCACAUCGAGCACGAGCUGCUGGGCUUCUUCCGCAGCUCCUACAUGCUCAAUGGAGAAAGAAGGUUUCUGGCGGUGACGCAGUUUUCUCCGACUCACGCUAGAAAGGCCUUCCCGUGUUUUGAUGAGCCCAUCUAUAAAGCCACAUUCAGAGUGAGUCUGAAACACGAGAGCUCGUAUCAGUCGCUGUCCAACAUGCCAGUGGAGGCCACCACAUCUGAUGAGGAUGGAUGGGUGACCAACCAUUUCUCCAGGACGCCCCGCAUGUCUACGUAUUACCUGGCCUGGGCCGUUUGUAACUUCACCUACAAAGAAGCAGUCGCAGACAAUGGAGUCCUGAUUCGGCUGUACGCCAGACCUGAUGCCAUCCAGAGCGGAUCGGGUGACUACGCUCUGCGCAUCACCAAGAGACUCCUGCAGUUUUACCAGGAUUACUUCAAAGUCAAAUAUUCCCUCCCCAAAUUAGAUCUGCUGGCAGUGCCGAAACAUCCAUAUUCAGCCAUGGAGAACUGGGGCCUCAGUGUGUUUGUGGAGCAAAAGAUCUUGCUGGAUCCCGAAGUCUCCUCCUUUUCUUAUCAGAUGGAGCUCACCGUGGUGGUGGUGCACGAGAUCUGCCAUCAGUGGUUCGGGGAUCUGGUCACACCGGUUUGGUGGGAGGACGUUUGGCUGAAAGAGGGAUUCGCUCAUUACUUUGAGUAUAUUGGAGCUGAUUUCCUCUUUCCAAAGUGGAACAUGGAGAAGCAGAGGUUUCUGACUGAUGUCCUUCAUGAGGUGAUGUUGCUGGACGGUUUGGCCAGUUCUCACCCAAUCUCUCAGCAAGUGUUUGAAGCCACAGACAUCGACAGAGUCUUUGACUGGAUUGCCUAUAAGAAGGGAGCUGCUCUGAUCCGAAUGCUGGCAAACGUCAUGGGACAAACACUAUUCCAGAGAGCCCUCAAUGAUUACUUGAUGACGCAUAUGUACGGGAACGCAGCAAGAGAUGACUUGUGGAACAAACUCUCAGAGGCUAUGCAGCGAGAGGGAAAGGAUAUCAACAUCACACAGGUUAUGGACCGCUGGACUCUACAGAUGGGCUAUCCAGUCGUCACCAUCAGCAAGAACGACAGUCUGGACAACAGCAUCACUAUUUCCCAAGAGCACUUUGUCUACGACACAGACGCCAAGAUUCAGAAUCCUGAGCUGUUCAACAAAAGCUUCCAGUGGCAAAUACCGCUAACGCUCGCAGUGGGAAACGCCAGUCACAUAUCAACGGAGACCAUCAUUUGGGUCACAAAUAAAUCAGAGGCGCACAGAGUGGGUCACAUGGUUGGUGAGACAUGGUUGCUGGGCAACAUCAAUCAGACGGGCUACUUUAGAGUGAACUACGACCUUCACAACUGGAAACUUCUUAUUCAACAGCUGAUGAGCAACCCGACGAUCAUCUCUGUGGGCAACAGGGCCGGUCUGAUUGAUGACGUCUUCAACCUGGCGAGAGCUGGCUAUUUGCCUCAAAACGUCCCCCUGCAGAUGAUCUCCUAUUUGUCUCAGGAGCCCGAGUUUCUACCCUGGCACGCUGCUAGUCGAGCGCUUUACCAGCUGGACAAACUCCUGGACCGCACUUUAGACCACAGCCUGUUCAGCGAUUACGUCCUAAGACAAGUGGAACCAAAGUAUCACAAGCUCGGCUGGCCAGCCACUUCCCCUGACGGCUCCUUCAUGCAUUCAGCUUAUCAGACAGAAGAGCUGCAGAGAGAGGUGAUCAUGCUGGCCUGCAGUUUUGGAAACAAACACUGUCACCGCCAGGCUGUUUCUCUCAUUUCAGACUGGAUUUCCAGCAACAAGAACAGGAUUCCACCCAACGUCCGGGACAUUGUGUACUGCACGGGUGUUUCUCUGAUGGAUGAGGAUGUGUGGGAAUUUAUCUGGAUGAAGUUUCACUCGUCUACAGCCGUCUCUGAGAAGAAGGUUCUUUUGGAGGCCUUGACCUGCAGUGACAACAUCUUCCUGCUUAACAGGCUCCUGAAUCUGUCCCUCACGUCAGACCUGGUGCCGGAUCAGGAUGUAAUUGAUGUCAUCAUACAUGUGGCCCGCAAUCCACUGGGAAGACAUUUAGCAUGGAGAUAUUUCAGAGAGAAGUGGGACAUUUUGAACUCCAGGUAUGGAGAAGCUUUAUUUAUGAACUCAAAAUUAAUCAGCGGCGUGACAGAGUUUCUCAAUACUGAGGCCGAAUUGAAUGAGCUGAAAGAGUUCAUCCUGACCAGCGGAGGAGAGUCAGCCCCUGCGUUCGCUCGAGCCGUCGAGAUCGUUCAAGCCAAUGUAAAAUGGCACAUCCUGUUCCAGGAACAGUUUUACCAAUGGCUGCGGAAAGCUCCCGAUGGAUAGUGCAACAUUUAGCAUGGAGCGUUCAAUUAGCAUGGAAACUCAUGGCCAGCGGCAUAGGGAGAUUUAAGCGUUAAAAAAAAUACAAAUCAAAAAACUAUUUCAGACAAUGAAAAUGAGCUUUAAUUUCCCUGCUAUUUUUGAAGGCCCUCGCAAUCCAGGAUGCAAGAAAUGACAGAUAAAAACCCGAAGGAAUCAACAUCGGAAAUUGCAUGGUGGCGUCAGCAGCGACAGAUGAUUUACAUUCAGUUUCCCCCUCGUAUUUUGCAUGAAAGUCAUUUCCUUCUUCCAAGUCAUUCUGAAGUUUGACCUUUUUCCGAGUCCUAAGAAUAUCGAAUUUGUUUUGAAGAGCGGACGGCGGUACACAGAGAUUGCUCUUUGGUAUAUAUAAAAACACAAUUUAGAUUAAGCACAACGACGUGACAAUCAGUGCUAUGAUUGGAAGAGGACGAGGAGGACAAAGAAGAGAAACAUUCAUGUAGCCUUUUCUCUCUCUAAAGCCAUAAAGGGGAGCGAUGACUGAAUUUGAUGUCUUGUACAGAAUAUGACGCAUAUUGUUUGGUCAAGCGACGCCACUCCACGGGCAUCAGAAGGGGGAGUCUUUAAGUCGUGCUUGAACCAGUGAUGGUUUCACCCACUGGUGUCCUGGAUCAUUUGCAUUCUCCUGGUGUUACCGUUGGCUCUCCUAUUUUGGAGGGUUUGUCCUUGAAUAUGGUAUGUUUGUUUGAGUGGAAAAAAUAAUCAGUGUGUCGAUAUUUUCAUGUAUAAUUCAUUGAUUGACUGGAGGGAGGUCAGUGCAGUCAAUGCAGUGCUGAGACGUGCUAUCGUUGUGGGGUUCUGAAUGGAUGCUUGUCAUGGAGACCAAUUAUAAGGUUUCAAUUGUUUUAUCUCUAUCUUUUUUUCUUCUUUUUUUUUACAUGAACAUGAAUGGUUAAGCACAUGCAUUCCUAUUAAAAGUUGUCAUCGACUGAUUUUCUGC